GGUUAGUAGGGUGGAACUCACUGAGCUCGGAGUCCACCGACUCACGGGGACCAGAACGGCGAACCUGCGACGGCUAGUGACGCGCUCGUCCUCCCUCCUCCUUUCGCCUCUGCUGGGAGUGGCGCUCGUUGGUGACGUCUGGGGUAUGAUGGCCGCUGGGAGUCUAGGAAGGUGAAGUAACUCGGAAUUGGCGGAGUCGUUCAGUAGCCAUCUUCAACCUGAGACAGGAGGGAGGAGAACUCAAAUUCUUUUCCUCUUUUUGACCCAGCCCGUGUUCAUGAUGCCUACCCUGUGAAAGUCUCUCACCAUCGGAAAACUUUUCCUCUGUUCCAGUUGUACCAGCAGACGAUCUGUGGAUCCAUUUUAUUUUCCCUGCUAGGAGUCGCUGUGCAUGAAACUGGAAUCUCAUCUGCAGCGCCAGCUACCUUGUGAGACCCUGUUCUCCUUCUGGUGACUUUCCUCUUCUGCUUACGUGUAUCCCCUGUGUCUCUAAGAGUCUUUCCUGCUGGGCCACAGGAAGCGUGAUAGCAGUGUACUCUCCUUUUCUGCUUUGGAGGAGCCAGAGCGCGAUGUCCCUGCUCUUCUCUCGAUGCAACCCCAUUGUCACAGUCAAGAAGGAUAAGAGACACAUGGCUGAAGUGAAUGCUUCCCCACUCAAGCACUUUGUCACCGCCAAGAAGAAGAUCAAUGGCAUUUUCGAGCAGCUGGGGGCCUACAUCCAGGAGAGCACCACCUUCCUGGAAGAAACCUACAGGAAUGCAGAACUGGACCCAGUUACAACAGAAGAACAGGUUCUGGACGUCAAAGGUUACCUGUCCAAAGUGAGGGGCAUCAGUGAGGUGCUGGCCCGGCGGCACAUGAAGGUGGCUUUUUUCGGCCGGACGAGCAAUGGGAAGAGCACCGUGAUCAAUGCCAUGCUCUGGGACAAAGUGCUGCCCUCCGGGAUCGGCCACACCACCAACUGCUUCCUGCGGGUGGAGGGCACAGAUGGCCACGAGGCCUUCCUCCUCACGGAGGGCUCAGAGGAGAAGAGGAGUGUCAAGACGGUGAACCAGCUGGCACAUGCCCUUCACCAGGAUGAACAGCUGCAUGCCGGCAGCCUGGUGAGUGUGAUGUGGCCCAACUCCAAGUGCCCGCUUCUCAAGGAUGACCUGGUGCUGAUGGACAGCCCUGGCAUCGACGUCACCACAGAACUGGACAGCUGGAUUGACAAGUUUUGCCUGGACGCCGACGUGUUCGUGCUGGUGGCCAACUCAGAGUCCACCCUGAUGCAGACGGAAAAGCAAUUCUUCCACAAGGUGAGCGAGCGCCUGUCCCGCCCAAACAUAUUCAUCCUGAACAACCGCUGGGACGCAUCUGCCUCGGAGCCUGAGUACAUGGAGGAGGUGCGGCGACAGCACAUGGAGCGCUGCACCAGCUUCCUGGUGGACGAGCUGGGUGUGGUGGAUCGGGGCCAGGCUGGAGACCGCAUCUUCUUCGUGUCCGCCAAGGAGGUGCUCAACGCCAGGAUCCAGAAGGCCCAGGGCAUGCCCGAAGGAGGGGGCGCUCUUGCAGAAGGCUUUCAAGUGAGGAUGUUUGAGUUUCAGAAUUUUGAGAGGAGAUUUGAGGAGUGCAUCUCCCAGUCGGCCGUGAAGACCAAGUUUGAGCAGCACACGGUCCGGGCCAAGCAGAUCGCGGAGGCCGUCCGCCUCAUCAUGGACUCUCUGCACAUCGCAGCGCAGGAGCAGCGGGUCUACUGCCUGGAAACGCGUGAAGAGCGGCAGGAGCGGCUGAGGUUUAUUGACAAGCAGCUGGAGCUCUUGGCGCAAGACUACAAACUGAGAAUUAAGCAGAUUACAGAGGAAGUCGAGAGGCAGGUGUCGACUGCAAUGGCCGAGGAGAUCCGGCGCCUCUCUGUGUUGGUGGACGAGUAUCAGAUGGACUUCCACCCUUCCCCCGUGGUCCUCAAGGUUUACAAGAAUGAACUGCACCGCCACAUAGAGGAAGGACUGGGCCGAAACAUGUCAGACCGCUGCUCCACGGCCAUCACCAGCUCCCUGCAAACCAUGCAGCAGGAAAUGAUGGACGGCUUGAAACCCCUCCUUCCUGCGUCUGUGCGGAAUCAAAUGGACAUGCUGGUCCCUCGGCAGUGUUUCUCCCUCAGCUACGACCUCAACUGUGACAAGCUGUGUGCCGACUUUCAGGAGGACAUCGAAUUUCACUUUUCCCUUGGGUGGACUAUGCUGGUGAACCGGUUCCUGGGCCCCAAGAACAGCCGCCGGGCCUUGAUGGGCUACAGCGACCAGGUGCAGCGGCCUAUGCCCCUGACCCCGGCCAACCCCAGCAUGCCCCCACUGCCCCAGGGCUCCCUCACGCAAGAGGAGCUCAUGGUUUCCAUGGUCACUGGCCUGGCCUCUCUGACGUCCAGGACCUCCAUGGGCAUUCUCGUUGUUGGAGGAGUGGUGUGGAAGGCCGUGGGCUGGCGACUCAUUGCCCUCUCCCUUGGCCUCUAUGGCCUCCUGUACGUCUACGAGCGUCUGACCUGGACCACCAAGGCCAAAGAGAGGGCCUUCAAGCGCCAGUUUGUGGAGUACGCCAGCGAGAAGCUGCAGCUCAUCAUCAGCUAUACCGGCUCCAACUGCAGCCACCAGGUCCAGCAGGAACUGUCUGGGACUUUUGCUCAUUUGUGUCAGCAAGUUGACGUCACCCGGGAGAACCUGGAGCAGGAAAUCGCCGCCAUGAACCAGAAAAUCGAGGUUCUUGAUUCACUUCAGAGCAAAGCCAAACUGCUCAGGAAUAAAGCCGGCUGGUUGGACAGCGAACUCAACAUGUUCACCCACCAGUACCUGCAGCCCAGCAGAUAGUGGGCACCCGGAGCCGGAGCCCCUGUGGGGAGGACAGUGCUGCAAGCACGGGGGGCCUCCCACCACCAGGCCUGCGUGCAGCUCCUGUCCACUGCCGCCACCAUGAGAACAAAAGCACCCACUGUCUCCUACCAUCUUGAACCCCGAAGCGCUAGUUAUUUUCCCCUCGUUUGCCUGCUAUUGCAGGAAGACCUUCCAACUUGUGCCCCUAAAGGAGACUUUUUUUUUUUAAAUGAGUCUGGACAGCACGGUACUGGGGAGUUCGGUCUUGUCUUUGCUUUGUCAUGCUCUCGUGAUUGAGAAGCUGCUGAUUGAUUGCUUGAUGAGCUCUUGGGAUUGGCCAGUGUUGCAGAAGGCCUCGUUGGGCCUUUAAGGGUAUCAGGCAGAUACCGCCCCCUCCUCUGGCCAACGCUUGACACUGACCCCCGCACACUUGCCUCCCAUGUACCCCAGCUCCCGCACACCUGCCCUCCUCGCACCCCAGCUCCCCUGCAGAGAAAGGCUGCCUUUGUGGGGAGGCUGCAUUUUCUUCCCAGUUUGCACUGGGAAUGAUUCCAAGAGUCCCAGGAGGCUGUGGCUUUUGUGUCAGUGUGGUUCUUUGGCUUUCGUGCUUCGGUCUGUUUGCAGAGCCUUCCAGACCAGCCUUUCCGCAUUGGCAGUGGGCUGAGUGUGGCCUGGGUUUUAGGCGGAGGCAGGCUUUCUGCCAUGAGGGGCAGGAAGAUAGCGCAGAGGCAGCUGGAGCGCGUGGCUGGGAGGGAGGUGGUGUGUGGAAGCUGUGUCCUUCUGUCUGUGCUGUCUUAGGCAGCCAGUGCCAUGUUGGGGAGAGACUUGCCUCCCUUCUCGUUGUGUCCCUUGUUCUCCUUUCGGUCCUUAGCCUCGUAGUCUGGCUUCUUAUUGUUGAAAGGUGGUUUGGUCCAGAUCGUUAAAGGAUGUGGUAGAAGGAAAGAUGGUGGAUGAUGGGGACCUUGGUGGCAGGCUGAGGGAGUGGACCCCACCCAGGAUGGCUGAAGGAUCAGUAGUUGGCACAAAACAGGGCCUUCUGUUUGACCUCACUCUGGGAGGGGCUCAUGGGGUCUGAGAGCCCACCCUACCAGCUUGAGGUUCCACAAGAAACAUGUUCCCACUCCUCACCCCUCCCUGGCUCAAACUGCCCUUGGCCACCAGACCCCUGGGUGAAGUCUCUUGAGGCAGCCAUGCUGCACAUGGUCAGCAGGCAGCGCAGGGAGCCCAGCACCCAGCCUCCCACCCUUCCUGACCCUGGAGCCUCCAGAUGACACACGGGGCCUCACGCUGAUCUUGAGAAAUGUUUCCUGUAUUGAGUGUGGGGAUUGUUACUGGUCACAGUGGGGGCAGGUUCCUGUCUCCAUGAUGUUAACCGUCUGGGGCAGGCAGCCUUCAGGUGACAGCCUUUGCCGGGCAGGUCAGAGAGCUUCCUAGAAGCCAGCAGUACUGCUCUCCCAGAAAGAGGCAAGCUCAGGCAGAGCAGUGGGGCCUGUCCUGCCCUUCUGAGUCCGCCUCUGACUUCAGGGAAAUGGCUCAGUGGCCUCUGCUCGCUGGUGGGUAUCAUGCAGUUGGCGUGCUCUCCAGGUGCCCACUGGUCCUUCAAACCCUCAGUCUACUCUGGUGUGUGGAACAAAGUGAUAGACUUAGCCAAGGUUGUUGUGCAGCAGAGGAUGGCCAAGCUUUUUGCCAGACCCGGGUGGUGGUCACCUCACAGUAUGUCCGGAGAAAUCAGCAUUGCACAAUUUCAGUGAAUUUUGUGCUUUGGGGUGGGGGGGGAGUUAUUUAAAAUAACUAAACAUGAAUUUUUUUUUAAUGUAUCCCCUGGGAUUUUGAGCUUCUUAUACGACAAAUAAAAUUGAGUUUAUACCACUGAGGGCGAGACUCUGAAAGAAUUGUGGCAAAAAGCACUUUAAUUUAAUGCUGCUAACUUUGUUCUGUUCUCUGUCUAUGUUCAUUUGCUGGAGUGCGAGACGUGCUUGACACAGUGAGUUUUUUCUCUGAUGUAUUUAAGGUGAUAAAUUUGCCUGAAUUACUCCUGUAUCAGUGCUGAUAAUAUUGGACACUAAAAUAAAACCUAGUUGGAAACGC